AGUACUAAUACCACACUGAGCGGAUACUCUGUUAAAGUACUAAUACCACACUGAGCGGAUACUCUGUUAAAGUACUAAUACCACACUGAGCGGAUACUCUGUUAAAGUACUAAUACCACACUGAGCGGAUACUCUGUUAGAGUACUAAUACCACACUGAGCGGAUACUCUGUUAAAGUACUAAUACCACACUGAGCGGAUACUCUGUUAGAGUACUAAUACCACACUGAGCGGAUACUCUGUUAGAGUACUAAUGCCACACUGAGCGGAUACUCUGUUAGAGUACUAAUGCCACACUGAGCGGAUACUCUGUUAGAGUACUAAUGCCACACUGAGCGGAUACUCUGUUAGAGUACUAAUGCCACACUGAGCGGAUACUCUGUUAGAGUACUAAUGCCACACUGAGGUGAUGAAGAACCCAUUGUUUCUGUCUCUUCAGCGUCGUGUCGUCCCUCCAGGCCGUCAUGGCGUCCUCAGCUGGAUGUGUGAUCGUCUCGUCCUGCCGGGACGUCUUGGAGGACAGACAUUGGCUGACCGACGCUUACAUCCUGUUUGCCACGCCCUACUUCGCUUACGACAUCUACGCCAUGUUCCUGUGCUACUGGCACAGGUUGCAGGUCAAAGGUCACGAGGAGGGGCAGGCGGGGGGCGUGGUCGGGUCAAAGCGAGCCGCCGUGGCAGGUUACCUGCGCAGGGAGAAGCUCAUGGUGCUGCACCACGUCUUCAUGGUGGCCUUCUGCUUCCCUGUAUCACUGCUGUGGAGGGGGGGCCGAGGGGACUACUUCCAGGGUGUCCUCUUCCUGACUGAGCUCAGCACUCCAUGUGUCUGUCUGACCAAAGUUCUCAUUCAGUUUAAGAAGCAACACACUCUGCUGCACAAAGUCAACGGCGUCCUGAUGCUGCUGCUCUUCUUCUUCUGCCGCGUGCUGCUCCUCCCGUACCUGUACUACUCCUACAGCCGCUACGCCUCUGUCCCGCUGCACCUGGUGCCCUUGCUGGCCCCGUGGCAGUGUAACCUGGGGGCCGCUCUGCUGUGGCCCCUGCAGCUCUACUGGUUCACACUCAUCUGCACGGGAGUCCUCCGCGGGCAGAGGACGGCGGCUCGCUGCCCGACGGACGGCGGCGGGUCUGGAACUUGAGGACCUGAGGAGGCCUGAGGAGACCUGAGGAG